AUGAAAUACUUAUUCUUAGCCUUUUUGGCUACAUCCGUGCUAGGCCAAUUCACCGAAAAGCUCUUCCACAAUUUAAUCCAGUAUCAUAAAAACAGCAAUUUCAUAGUUUCGACUCUCAGCGUAGAGAUCGGCAUGAGCAUGAUCCUCGUGGGAGCGGAAGAAAACACUGCCAAAGAACUGAGGGCUGCUCUCCUCCUGCCACAGGAUAAAAACCAGGUGGCCAGCCAAUUCGAAGAUCUCUUAUCUUAUCUCGAUAAGCGUAAGAAGGUGGCAAUGCUACAUAUAGCUAAUCGAUUAUUCGUCAACGAAUCAUAUGAAAUUAACAAGGACUAUAAUGAACUAGUCAAGAAGUCAUUCAGGGCCGAGGCAGUGACGAUUAAUCUGGCUAAUCAAUCGAAGGCAGCCUGGACUAUCAACGACUGGGUUAUGGAUCAGACCCUCGAUAAUCUAAAAGGUGUUAUUGCCCCCGAAAACUUGGCACACGAUGAAACUGCGGUGCUGGUUAACGCCGCUUUCUUCAAGGGCUACUGGAAGACUAGGUUUAGAAGAGUCCACACCGAGCCAACGACAUUCUACGUAUCUAAUCAUCAUAAAGUUUCUGUCAAUAUGAUGUCUCAAGUGGGGAGAUUUAAAAUGAAUGAACUCCCUUAUGGCCAAAUCAUUGAGCUGCCAUUCGCCUACUCAAACCUUUCCAUGGUAAUCGUUCUGCCGAAGAACAAUAGUUAUCUAGGAAAAGCGGAGAGCGUAAUCGAAAGAUACUCCGAGGUACUUCCAAACGAAGUGCAUGUACGGGUGCAGCUUCCCGAUUUUAAAAUCGAAUUCCGCACAGAACUCAUUGGAAUUCUAAAGAAGAUGGGAAUAAAGGAACUCUUUACCGAUUCCUCCGACCUCAGCAGCCUUGUCAAGCCAAAAGGUACCAGAAUCAGUCGAGUCGUACACAAAGCCUAUAUAGAGAUUAACGAAGAAGGCGCCUCGGCUGGAGGAGCUUUUGCUGGAGCCAUUUCUGUUGCGGGGCUUAUCUGGUACUCUGUUGCAUCUUUUAGGGCCGACAGACCGUUUGUCUUUCUGAUUCGAGAUAAGAACACCGUGUUCUUCAGGGGACGUCUCAUGGAUCCGAUGUCUAUAGCGACAGUUUAA